AUGGCUACACAUCUGGUCAUAAGCCUCCUUGUGGCCACUGUGGUGGUCAUUGGUAUCAAGAUCUUCCUUGACGCUGUAAAACAGAAGCCAGGUCCCCUACCUCCAGGACCUAAAGGAUGGCCGAUUUUAGGAAAUAUCAACGACUUUCCGAAGGCUGGUGAGCGCGAGUAUGAGCAUUGGUUGAAGCAUAAAGACACCUACGGACCUAUCAGCUCUGUAACUGCGUUAGGAACAACUCAAGUAAUAUUACAUUCGGCGGAGCUAGCCAUCCAAAUGUUGGAAAAGAGAUCCUCGAUAUACUCGUCGCGACCGAAACUAGUAUUUGCUAAACUGUGCCGCUUCUACGACAUUUUCAGUCUCCUGCCGUACAACAAACAGCAUCAGGUGACCCGAAAGCUCUUGCAUACGGCGCUUGGCACGGAAAAGCUCGCUGCUCGCUAUAUACAUAUACAAGAAAAAGAAGCACAUCGUUUUCUCUUCCGCGUUUUACAGAAGCCAGAUUUACUCUUCGACCACAUUAAGGUUGAGGCUGCCGCCAUUAUUCUCAAGAUGGUAUAUGGAUAUACAGUAGAGCCUCACAAACCAGAUCCGUUGGUCCAAGUUGUCGAUGAGGCCAUGACCUAUUUUUCGGAGACUUUUGCCAUCGGUGCGCGGCUCGUGGAUUUCAUCCCCGCUUUACAACACGUUCCUGAGUGGGUACCCGGUACUGGAUGGAAGCAAUAUGCCAAAAAAUGUCACGCUACGGUAACAGCAGCCGUAGAGAUGCCAUUGCGGUUCGCUCGGAAACGACACGCUAGUGGUGAUUUCGAACCGAAUAUGGUCUCAGAAUUUUAUGACAGUAGAGGCGAUGAAGUAUCGGCGGAGGUUCAGCACUGUUUUCAGUCGGCCGCUACGACUGCAUAUUUUGGUGGCUCCGAUACCACCGUCAACACUUUAUGUGUUUUCUUUUACUGCAUUAUGAACGCUCCUGAAGUCCAGCGUAAGGCUCAAGAAGAGAUCGAUCGAGUCAUCGGGAAUGGCCGACUCCCCGAGUAUAGUGAUAAGGACAGCCUCCCUUACAUUAGCGCCAUAGUAUCAGAAUCGUUUCGGUGGCACACAGUAGUCCCUAUGGCUGCGCCCCAUACAACAGAAGCUGACGACGUCGUCAAUGGGUAUUACAUUCCAAAAGGAACGACAAUUCUACCCAAUGUAUGGUGGUUCACCAAUGAUCCAGCUGUCUACCCUAAUCCCUCGGAGUUCAACCCAGCACGCUUUCUUGGCCCAAAUCCGAAUCCAGAUCCGAGCAGGCAUAUUUGGGGUUAUGGCCGUCGCAUCUGUCCAGGGCGUUAUCUCGCCAUUUCGUCUACUUGGGUAACUAUUGCUCGGACUUUGGCGGUUUUCGAUAUUGGUAGGGGCAUAGACGAGAAUGGCCAUGAGAUUGAGGAACCCAUGAAGAUUAUCCCCGGUCUUAUCCAUCGUGUGGAACCAUUUAAGGCGACCUUUAAGCCUAGGAGCCCCCAACAUGAGGCACUGAUCCGCCAAGCCGAGGCGUUGUACCCAUGGGAGCAGUCCAACGCUGAUGAAUUGGAGCACAUCGUCACUUAA